UUCAAUAAGAGGGUUUUGUUCUUGCUAGCGUGACUGCGGUGGCUACGGUUUCUGGGCGUGAGAGAGAGAGAUGGGUAAGGUGGUGGAGAGGAAGAAGAUGGAGAAGAGAGGACGACCGUCUCCUUCAGAUGUCCGAAAACGCACUCUCAAAGGUAAACAGCAACAGAAGCGAAACCACAAAUCUAUCCCUCAUUCCGCUUCUAAUUACCCAACCGUCACUGUUCCUGUCCCGGCCUCGGGUUCUGCUCCUCUGCGGCGAUCCCCGCGCCUGAAUCCUAUCCCCGACUCCGAUGAGAGCGACUUCUUCGAUAGCGACUCCGACGAGAGCGACGCCGACAAGCCCAGGGGAAGAACUGGAAGCAUGACCGACGCCGAAAUGGUCCGCUACCGGGAACAAGUUUGUAAGAGUGAUGGCUUUGAUGUUGAACCCUUUCCUGAGGUCAGGGGUUUUGGUAUAAUUCAACCACUGGAUCUAAGCAAUGCGGUGUAUUUCAGAAGGUGCGAAAAAAUUUCGCAGCGCCCAAUCGACCAAAUCCACAAGCGCCGAGAACGAAGAACUGUCAAGCCUCAAACUCCACUGAAGUUUGUGAAGAUAUUGAAAGCAAUGCAUCAGUAUCACGAUUUGCUGAGGUAUUAUGUAACCUUUGAGGCCAAGAAUGGAGGAGGCUAGGCGAGACUAAAAUCUAUCAAACCUUGGGGCGUUGGAGUAGAUUCCCCCCUCUUGAAGAUAACUUCUCCGUGUUGGUUGUCAGGGAGUAUAAAAGGAUAAAGGGGAUCAAGUUAUUGGUAUUCACUCUGUUAGCGAGCUGGAAACGCAGUUGAAUGCUGCUUCAACGACAUGUCGCCUGGCAAUCCUCUACUUCUAUAUAUAAAGCUCGUCCUUGCCGUUUCAUAUCUCCUUUUUAUGCAAGCUUAGCUCGGAAGUACCCGAAAGUUGUUUUCUUGAAAGUUGACAUUGAGGAGGCGGAGGCGGAGGACGUGACUAAAGAAUGGAAAAUUCGUAGGGCUCCCUACUUUUUCUUUCUGAAAAAUGGCAAGCAGGUGACAAGGUUGUUGGAAUAGAUGCAGAUGAACUUGAAACCAAGCUUAAACUGCACUCACGUGAGCUAUAUUGAUCGAGGAUUAAUUGGGCUGUUAAAUCUGUGUUUAGUGGAGGAUAUUUUUGUGAUCUUUGU